UCUAUUAGCGCGACAGCGAAUAGUUGGUGUAACGACGAAGAUGAGUUUCGCUGGCGCGCUAAUAGAUGUCGCCACAAGUUCAAUUCGGCAAUCGAAACUUUUAAACUUCCGCGAUCGGUCGGCAGAUGGCGCCAACGUGCCCGACAUUCGGCCGAAGAUGAGACCGCCCAAUUACGCUUAGCGCGAACGGUUUGCGGUGCUCGCCGCGACGUGCUUGUUGUUCCGGCGAUCGUGAUGAUGUUUGCCUGGGACGCGCCGCGCCUUUAGCGUCUCGCCCGCGACGCAUUGAACGUCGCCGCGCGAAUCGAACGCGCGCGCCGUCCGCUCGAUCCGACCGACCGAUUCGUUCUCCAUGUGAUCCUCCAUGUCGCACGUGCGUCCCGUCGGCUCGAGAUUUGAUCCGCACCGAUAACGCGACGGGAAUGGGCUGCCCGCGGGGUACGGCGGCGCGUGACACGUCUGGUUUUUGACAGGGGUUUUCCCCGAUGCGCCCCGCGCGAACCGGCCGAGCAUUGUACACCCUGGAUUCCCGUUCGCUACUGAGAGUUCAUCGUCGAUCGUCGCAUGCGUGCCGCAAUGCCGAUGGCAGCGAGAGGGACCGCGCGAGCAGUGAUCCAUCUGUAAAAAUGGCUUUCGCAUGUUCCAACUUCCAGUAUAUAAGAGAGACAAGUAAGCAGCAGAAACUGUAAAUAUGUCGGCUUGAUUGCCUGUGCAAGAUGAGAUUCAAUAAGCAAGAGCUAUUGACUCUGGCUACGCAGCCUUCGCAGAAAUUCGAGAAGGAGGGCAUCCUGUACGUAAGAGAACGGCAAGAAGGCUUCUUUCGCAGGACAGAAAGUACAGGUAAAAAACCCGAGAACAAAAAUCAGAAAGGAAGGUCGCAUAAGAGUCUACGAGAUCUCAAUUGCGUUACCGCCGGCGCGAGCAAAGUAAGUCUCGAACGAUGGUGCAGACUGCGAGGCAACCUUCUGUUCUAUUUCAAAUCGCGGGAGCAGUGGUCGGAGCCGCUGGGAGUGAUCAUACUGGAGCAGUGCACGGUCCGCGUGGAACCGUCCAACAACCAGGUCCCUUACGGAUUCAGCAUAGUUUUCGACGGAGGCUUGUUUCAACAGUUAGGCGCGAACACGGCCGAGGAACGGGACAGUUGGUUGCAGGCGCUGCAGCUGGCCAGCUACGAGUGCAUGCGGAGCCAGUUGCUGUCGUUGCGACAGCGCAUCGAAGCCUUCAGCGGGCACAAGCACGACACCGACAUACAGAUGUUGCGGCUGCAGCGCGGGACCUUCACAGAUCCGGCGGAAGUACCAAUGUGCGAGAUAUCGUUAGCCUGCGACAAUCUGUUGUGCGAUGGACAUGGCCGGCCACCCACUCCCGUUUUAGAGAUAGAUGUACAGUCGAAAUCUUCCAAAACUUGGAUUAAGUACGCACGAACGGAAGUCGUAGAGCGAAGUAGUAAUCCAAAUUUCUUAACUACGGUAAGCUUUCGAGCUAGCGACGGGUUAACCACUGAAACAAAAAUCAGGAUAACCGCAUACGAUGUCAGGGAAAGAGUCAGCCAGACCGCAACUCCGAUAGGAAGCGCGAUCGUGACUUUCAGUACAGUGCAAGACACUCCUAGAUUAAGGAUACCAUUAAAAUCAGCGAAAACAACGACAGUCGGAUUUUUAACGAUUAACGUGUGGAAUCUGGAAGCCGAGGAUAAAGGGAAUAGCACAGAGAGUACACCAUCGCGAAAUGCAGUAUACAGCAACAACAAUCAACAACAAUUACCUUCGCACAGACGCUCGCAGUCGUUACCUCCGAGAUUAGGGACAAAAAUUAAGUUCCCGCAUCAAGGCCAGUUGAAACUUCUCUUUGCAAAUCCAUUUGUGCAGACUUACAGGUUCCAUUCCGGACUAGGGGGUGAUAUUUGCGUACACGAGAUUAUGGCGGAGAGCAAACUCUGUUUCCAAUUUCCGCAACAUUUACUGGGUAUUUGGAUACAGGAAGAAAAGGAAUUGUUGCAAGAGGUAGCUGGAAUGGGAGAAUUGAGGGAGCCUUGGCAUACGAAGCAAAUCGAAUUGCUUGAUCGUCAUCUUCACUUGUUACAUUUGUAUUCCCAAGCCAAAGAAAACUUAGCCGCCUACAAAGGGAGUUAUUUCAAGCAGUCGUCGCGAAAAAACGACCGUACUCUCGAAUUUGCGCCUUUAAAUUUACAUCUUCAACGAAUGUGGGUUCACAACGACACGUUGAACAAAUGCGGAUUUUAUGAUUUUAUUAGCGUAGGAGCAUUUACCGCCCAUUCCCAUAAAAGCAAAAACGGCGGACUUAUAAGAUUAGUACAGGCACUGAAGGAGUCGCCUAUGCGAAGUAAUCAACUGUAUCAGGGAACAUCCAAAAUUACGAUGGCGCAUGACGCGAUCCAAGCGAUCAAACAAUUACGCCGGGACGUUGUAGAGGCAAUGAGAUCCUUGAUGAAACUUGCCAAGGAGAAGCAAACGAGUGGCAUGCUGCCGAUAUGCGAGGAUAUGAUCACGAAGACCAGGAUCUUACUUAGUCUGUGGGAUCCCGGCUUGGUAGAGGAGGCUUUAACGUUUUUAGAAGAGUACAAAGUCGCGAAGGUCCAGGACAACUCGACCACGACCUCGUCUUCGGACGACACUUUGACACUGGAUUUUAAGAUUAAUCAGUCCUUGUCGCCGUUCAAACGGAUCACGCAACAGCUGAACUUUGACUUGAGGAGCCCUGAUUUCGACGACUUUGUCACGCCCGAUACUCCUGAGUGCGUGCAGGACAUCUGGACGAGGAACGGCAUCAGAAAUGGCGAGUACGCUUCCAUAGCGUAUUCGAAAAACGAGGCGCCCAACAAUAACACCGGCGAGAGCGAUGUUGCAGAAGAGAAUUUCGUAAUAUUUCCAGACGUGGAGGACGAUCCUAAGCAGACAGAAGCGGAAAUCGAUGAGAAUGUUCAGCGAAGUAACGACAACGAGAAAAAAGAAGGCUAUGACGACGAGAAGGAAGAUUUGAAGAAUGAUACUGAUCCGUGCAAGCGUUUCUUGGAUACUCAGAAGAUGUGCAAUUCGCCAUCCGCAAACUAUUACAAACCUACAGACGAGCCAGAGCCGUGGGAUCUCACUCAAUUGAAUAUUGAGGCGAGCGUCAUGUGCCUCGUAUCAAAGGUGAAAUUUCUCUGCGGUAGAUGCAGCAGUCCGGCCGUACGAUUGCGUAACAAAAAUAGCCUGAGCAGAUCGCAGAGUUUGAAGGGUUGCUUGCCGAGUAAUCGGCAUAACGUUGAAGUCGUUACAAUUCAGCCGAAAAACGGUAUCAAAUGCGAGGAGUCAAACAAAUUGCUGGAGGAGUCGAACGAGCGGCAGCAGUCCAGCCCGGGAUUAGAAAAACCGGCGUUCUCCAAGGCAAAAGAAGGGAUAACCGAUACUUAUCGUAACUCGUCUUCCAAUGAAGUGUGCCAAGCAGUCGAUUCGAUGACGCGCGUGAUCAAAAAUAAUUCGGGACAGAGAAACAAGUUUACCGAAGGCCUAGACUUCGCGUCGAUCGUCGAUUGGACGAGCGAGCUCAGGCCGAGCAUGAAGAAGCUGCGGCAGGCCAUGGACGGUCUGCUGAAAACUGCCAGACUGACCCACUCUGUAUUUCGCGUACAGGAAGACUCGAAAAUGGCGCAGCGCGUGUGCAACGUUCGGUAUAGACGAGACGUUUGCUUCAGUCAAGCGCUAACUGCCUUAGUAACUGGCAUAAUGGCGAAACUAUGGUGCCAACGGCCCGAUCCAAUGUUUCUCCUAAUUCUCACAACUCUGGGACCAUUGGUUUCCUUCGAAGGCCUUCUUAGCUAUUACGGAGACGAGAUAGACAUGUGGGGCGACAUGGCUGUAGCGGUCGAAGACACGCAUACCGUUACAUUUACUCUGUCCAGAUGUGGCAUUCAACACAGAGUUGAUAGAAAGUCUAGCACGUUCCAGCUUCCUACGCCGCGCGUAGUAGGAUCGCGGAGUGCGUUGACGGUGAUACUCCCGGUUCCGGACGCGAUUUACUCUCUCUUGCCAUUAGUGCCCUCCUCGAGACAAACAUUAUCGUUUAACGUGACCCCGGUGUUCUUCAACGUUGGUAUUAACGAGAUGGCUUCCUUAGCCGAGAGUCUCGGCACCACGAAGCCACAGGAGAAAAGUAACAUGGACAACUUCGACAGAUUGAAUGAAUAUUAUUUGAGAUUUAAGAAGCUGAAUCUACCGACGGAACCUGCAUCUACACGUUUUGCCGCUAGGUCGAUUCUGGGCCACACAUUGUCGGAUAUGAUGACCAAUUUGAAGACCUGUGUGCAAGAAAAGGUCAACAAGAAUGUAGAAAUCUUGCAAUUGUCCUCGCAAAUAUGCCGAAGAAUGCGCGGUUUGAGAUUCACCAGCUGCAAAAGCGCGAAAGAUCGGACCAGUAUGUCGAUCACUCUUGAACAAGUCAAUAUAUUAUCGUCGGAAUAUCACCUGGCUGAACACGAGUACAUGAGGGCUCUCGACUGUAUGCGAAGCGAGGGCUGUCGCCGGGAAAACACGUGGAAGAACAUCGGCGUGCGCAAGUACGCGUUCAACAGCUUGCAGAUUUUGACGCUGCCCAGACUCUACCGACCGCCGACCGGCACGUACGGAUCUGCCCAGACUUAAGGAGGAAUCCAAUUAGCGUUAACGUACGCACAUUGCACGAAAUUAAGUUUGACUUUCUGGCUGUGUAAUCGCGGAUUAAUUUCCGUAGUAUGUGCUAAGUAUGUAGUACUUGUUACAGAGUAGCAGAUACUGAACGCCGAGAUGCGUUGAAGUGACGUAAUUCUUUAGAGAAUUUAUCGGGGACACGCGACUGGCACGUGUUGGGCAUACGAAAUGCCUAAACAGAGGGACGUAGCAAUAUAACAAUAAGAAAGAGCUUCUACGUUCGCUUUUUAAUUUUUUUCUUGUUGAGAUUUUUUUUGUUUUGCGCUCUGAGAUUUCAACUAAUUGUUAGUUGUGUGGAGGAAUUCCAUGUUUUGUUUUCGCAUAUAAAAGUUGUAGCUGCGCUCCCCUCCUCCCUUCGGAGAGCAGCAUUUAAUUACUUAAGUGCAUUAUUGCCUAGAUUUGCGACGUAGAACAGACGCGAAUUAACGCGAGCUCGGUUACCGCGCAAUAGUAAGCGGUAAAUUAUUUAUGUAACGUGUAUUGUAAUGGGGCUGGCCGGGAUUGCAGGGUGAAUCGGAUUAUGAUAAAAACUCCCAUGCCGAUUCGUUUCGAUUUCGUUGAGAUUUUUUUUAUUUGAUUUCGACUUACUUCCGUAUCUUUUGGAAAUUCUUUCAGUAUCUGUUGUUUUCUGUUCUUAUCUAUAUGCUGUUUUUACGGUGCAGGUUUUUAACUUUGAUCUAAUUCACCCUUCAUUCUAACCCGCGAUUGUUGGCGAGUUUUUGCAAUAUCCAUGCUUCGGAUACCGUAAACGCUAAACUCGCGAGUUUGAUAUAUUUUGUAAAGGCUGCAAAUAAAUUAUGAGUUAUCAAUUAUUUCCGUUGCAGUAUUGCACGUAAUUUUAGCGUUUAUCGUAUUCAAAACACGGUAUUGCAAAAGCUCUCUGUUAUAUCUAAUCGAAUCUAUCGUGUUCGUUGAAUCGAUUAUUCGCCUUUACAGGAAUAAUUAGCUCGGUGCCAUUUUCUGCCAUAUUAUUACUCAUGGAAUAUCCGAUAAUGUUUAGCAUCGUUAGCAUCGAUUUCGAGGGAAUAUCGUGAAGAUUGUAUAAACGUUAUUCAGGAAUGAAUGACAUUGUAUUUAACGGGAGAAUGUUAUUUUCACACGCGUCUGUGCGUGCGGGAAUUCAACGUGUUACAUCCAACAUUUUGUCAUACAAAAGAAUCCAAACACAGACACGUAGCCGUACUUCCAUCACCCCAAUUCAAUAAUCUACUAACGCGUUACCAUAUCCGUAAAUAUAAACGGUAGACUCCAACAGGUUGGACAUUGUUUUCAAUAAAUUAUUAAUUUUACCCGAACGCCGAAGUGGCUUUUGCUUUUCUCGUUUUCUCCAAUUAGGCGACACAACAAAAAUCCAUAUC